AUGCGCUACGCCGUGCUCGUCACUGGCCCAGCCGGAGCAGGAAAGUCGACAUUCAGUACUGCAUUCGCAACGCAUCUUCGCAUGGCGCGCCGCACGGCCCACAUCGUCAACCUGGACCCAGCCGCAACUGGUGACGCCUUCGAGUACGAACCUGCAAUCGACAUCAGAGAACUCGUCACGCUGGAGGACGUCAUGUCGGAGAUGGGCAUGGGCCCAAAUGGAGGUCUCGUGUAUUGUUUUGAAUACCUGCUGCAGAACAUGGACUGGCUGGAGGACGAGCUUGGGGGUUACGACGAGGACUACCUCAUCAUCGACUGUCCAGGUCAAAUCGAACUGUACACCCAUCAUCCGUUUCUUCCCAUUCUCGCGCGCAACUUGCAACGGGUUGGAAUACGCACAUGUGCAGCGUAUCUCAUCGAUUCUCAAUUCAUGGAAGACCGGUACAAGUUCUUCAGUGGUGUCCUGUCCGCCAUGUCCGCCAUGGUCAAUCUCGAGAUCCCCUGGAUAAAUAUCAUGUCCAAAAUGGACCUCGGUGCAAGUGAGCCUCGGAACGGUAGACGCACGCGGAAAGAUAUCUCGCGGUAUCUCGAUCCAGAUCCGUUGCUUCUUGCUACGGCAAGGGACGGGCGCGUAGAGAAUGGUCGGUUUCAUGAACUCAAUCGCGCGUUAGGUGCAAUAGAAGAUCACCCGCUUGUGUCAUUCCUUCCGCUGGACCUCACCUCGACGGAAUCCCUCGAGGUCGUCGUUAGUCACAUUGACUUUACGAUGCAAUAUGGCGAAGACGAGGAGCCCAAAGAGCCAAACGACUUGGACGGGGGAGAUUUUCCCAGAAGUAGAGUGAUUUCGGCGGUUUUGGGUGAGCUUGAAGGAAAGAAAGUACCUCAGUGCUAUUUGGCCUAG